AUGGAUAGUGAUAGUCUCGCCAGAAAAUGUGCCGACGUGGAAGCAAUGUCCCGCAGCCGCGACACGUCAGCACAGCUUGCACGGAAUAACGGCGACGCGGCGCGGCUGGUGUACCAGCUCGGCCUGCAGAUGCUGCUCAGCGGCGAUCCCGUCAAGGCCGCGCGAUGCUUCCAGGAGGUUUCGCGCGUCUUUUGUGACUGGCCGCUGUUGUGGCUGCGGCUGGCGGAGUGCUGCAUUCUCACCCACCAGCAGCAGCAAGAGGAGGAAAGAUAUUAUAAUGAAAAGCAGAAAGAGGAGCAGGAUGAUCAUCGAAAGCAGCAGCAGCGGAGCGAUAAUCAGAAGCAGCAAGGCUCACUUAGAUCCAGCAGCAUGACGGUGACUGUGAUGAGCGGCGGAAGGAACGAGGACACGUGGCAGUAUGUCCUGCUGCCAGCUGGCACGCGCGGCGACGGAUCCGAAGUCAAGUCAGAAACAGGGGUUCACGCUGAAAGCACGGUCAGAAGCUUUACAGUCAAAUCGACGGCUCUCGAUGGCGCUGGAGCAGGCGCAUCGACGGCCCUCAGUGGGCUUGCUGAUCUCAUGGCGAAGCGAGUGCGAGGGGAGGCAGGACCGGGCCCUCACAGCGAUUCAGGAAAGCAAGAAGCAUCAUCAGCCAAUCCUCCUAGGCACCAUGUUGGCACUGCUGCCGGUAGCAGCAGCAGCACCAGCAGCGGCGGUACCACCAGUGACGCAACAGUCAGUACAGACAGAGCGGGAUCCGGCCAUUCUAAGCAGCCGCUGCCGUUCUCGCUCUCUCUGCCGUCCUCUCUGGGCCUGGAACCCCUUCCCCUGGCGCGCAUGUGUCUCAAGAACGCCAUCCGUCUGCUGCUCUCCCACCCCCCUCAUACCAGCGCCGCCAGCACCGUCAACAGCAGCACCACCAGCAGCAGCACCAGCAGCGGUAGCAGCAGCAGCAGCCAGAAGCCGUUCACUCCCCCACCUCUCCUUCCUUCCGCCCACCGUCGCCUUCUCCUCUCAGCCCUGUGCCAGCUCGCGUGGGUCGAGCUCUCCCUCCUCAACCACCUCGCCUGCCUUGCCACCGCCCAACACGCCCUCUCCCUGCUCAACACCCGCAACAACCCUCCCCCUCACACUGCAAACGACCCACGCACACAGCUUACCUCACAGAAACCUGUCAGCCCUGACAGGAGCUCAGACCCGUGGCAGCGCAGCGCCCUCCGAAUGUUUGCAGCAGAGGCACUUUGGUCGGCAGGAGGAGCAUCAGGCGCAGCAGCAGCAGCAGGAGGAGCCGCAGGAGCAGCAGCAGCAGGCAGAGGGGGAAAAUGGAGGGAGUGGAGGGAGAGUGUGUAUGUGAAUUUGGCUGCUCUGCAUGCCAUGAAGGGCGACCUUGCAGAGGCUCGGGUGUGCGCGGACAAGGCAAGGGGGAGAGGGAGGGAAGGUGGAAAAGGGGUGGCAGGGGGUGAGGAAUUCACGUGUGCUGGUGGCAUGGCUUUAGUGGUGCAGGCCUAUUUAGAGCUUAGAGAAACGCUUGAUGCUCAUGGGUAUGAAAAGGCUGGUCUGCAGCAUGAUCGGGGGGUGAAUGCUGGGCGGUGGGAGGAGAGGUGUGACGCGGCUCUGCGUCUACUGCAGCAGUCAAACAUGGUGUGCUUUCGAAUGUGUAACGGUAACGGCAUGGGAGCUUGA